AUGGCCGUGUGGCGCGGCGGGGCCUUGGUCGCUCUGGCGGUGUUCGUGGGCGCUGCCUUGGAGGCGCUGGCCGAGUGGCUGGCGAGGCGGCGGCGGGAGGCGCAGGUGCGCGAGGUGCUCUUCUUCCCGUCGCGCCUGACGUGCGUGGAAGGGCUGCUGGCGGCGGCCGGGGAGGGAGGCGGCGGGGCGUGCUCGUGCCCGCUGCCCCACGACGAGAGCCCCUUCAGCCGCCUCGUGGCCCGCCUGCUCACCGCCCGCCGCUGCCUCGACCUCUGCGUCUUCGCCUUCUCCAGCCCGCAGCUCAGCCGCGCCGUCCUCCUCCUCCACCGCCGCGGCGUGCGCGUCAGGGUGGUCACCGACGCCGACUACAUGGCCCUGCGCGGCUCCCAGAUCGGCAUCCUCCGGCGGGCAGGGAUUCAGGUGCGUCACGAUCAGGACAGUGGCUACAUGCACCACAAGUUUGCCAUCGUAGACAAAAAGCUUCUGUUCACUGGCUCCCUCAACUGGACCGCACAAGCCAUCCAGCACAACAGGGAGAAUGUGUUGAUACUGGAAGAUGCAGAGUAUGUAAAGCUUUUUCUACAAGAAUUUGAAAAGAUUUGGGAAAAUUAUAAUCCUGCUAACUACAUAUUCUUCUCCAAAGAAGAGGUACCAAAAAAGGAGGACAAACAUAAGGCUGAGACGGAAAGGCAGUUUAACAAGUGA